ACCACUGGCCUCGGUGAAGAGCUUCCUUCCCCGUUGCCCCCUCCGUCCUCUUUCUGCCGCCCUCCGCCAAUGCCAUGGACUCGCCCCCGAUGCUGCACCCGGUGAAGCUCUACGUUUACGACCUGUCCAAGGGCAUGGCUCGACGCCUCAGCCCCAUCAUGCUCGGUAAGCAGCUGGAUGGCAUUUGGCACACUUCCAUAGUUGUUCACAGGGAUGAGUUCUUCUAUGGUAGUGGUGGGAUCGCCAGUUGUCCACCUGGUGGGACUCUGCUUGGGCCCCCAGACUCUAUUGUAGACCUGGGAUGCUCAGAAGUUUCAGAAGAGCUGUUCUUGGAAUACUUGUCCUCAUUGGGUGAAUCUAUAUUCCGAGGAGAGGCUUAUAACCUUUUUGACCAUAACUGCAAUACAUUCAGCAAUGAAGUGGCACAAUUCUUGACAGGGAGGAAGAUCCCUUCCUACAUCACUGACCUUCCAUCUGAAGUUCUUGCAACACCUUUUGGACAAGCUCUACGGCCUCUCCUCGACUCUAUUCAGAUCCAGCCACCUGGAGGAAAUAAUUUCAGCAGGCAUAAUGGACAGAGCUAGCAUACCUGGUGGAAAGUGCCUCAAUUCACCACGGCAUUUACUUUUUAAACUCCAGUGUACCAGAUUCCUAUCUUAUCAUUCAUGCCAGCGUUAACAGCAAGAUGGUGCGCCAGACUUUCCAGGGAGAGCAUUUACUGGAUUGCAUGUGAUACAAUGCUACCGGGGGAAAAUGGUCAUAAAGUCAAAUAGCGUAUUUACUUACUAAA